GAAAAUUAAAAAAAAAGAAGGAAAAAAGAAGAAAGAGAGAGAAAAUUGAGCAAUAUGUGCUAAGGUUAUAUACCACGGACACAAGUCACAACACACAAUCUCUAGAGAGAGAGAGAAAGAAAGCCUAAGUGAUGAUCAUGGCGAGUUCUUCAGCAUCGGCAUUUUCUAAUGACAUUCCAAACAACAAUAUCCAUAAAAGUUGCACAAUUGAUUUCCCUUUCUCACCUGCUUUACCAUCAUGCAACUUAUUUGACAUGUCUCCACCACCACCGUCAUCACUAUCCGAUCAUCAUGAUCAAAAUGAUGCUUCUUUUAUUGCUGACAUAGACAUGUUGAGCUCAGAUGAUUUCAACACUUCUUGGUUCUCAGACUUCAACUUUGAAACCGACACAUCAGAAUCACUACCUGUUGCCACCCAAACUGGCGUACAACUGCCUCCUUUGCCGGUUUUGUCCCCCGCUGCAACAUCUGAGGUUUUAAAUAAUAAUGCGGUGACUCCUGCCCCGGGUUCCUUUUUGAAUACUUCAUCACCGAAUGAGCCUGGUGUUAUUGCAAACAAACCGGUUGUUGCCAGAGUUGAGAAUGGAGAUGGAUGUGAAUUUGUUGAAGGAAAAGAAGCUGAAGCCGAGGAUCGCGGUGGAGAUCGUCGAAUUGUAACAGUGGAGAAUCAAAAAGAUCAAAAUCAGACUAAGAACCCGUCGGUGAAACUAAAGAAGACGGACAAGAAGAAGCAAAAGCUGAAUAGAGUUAUUUUCAAGACACAAACUGAACUUGAUCACUUGGAUGAUGGUUAUAGGUGGCGUAAGUAUGGCCAGAAGUCUGUCAAAAACAAUCCUUUUCCCAGGAGAUAUUACCGUUGCACCACCCCUGGUUGUAAAGUGAAGAAGCAUAUAGAGCGUUUCGCGCUUGAGCCUUCCAUGUUGCUAACCUCUUAUGAAGGAAACCAUACCCACCUAGCUCCAAAGGUGACGCGUGUUGCACGCCUUGAAAUCAUGCAUGAUGCUACUGCUACUGGUGUCCAGAAAAUCCACCAUAAAAUCAAAACUAAUGGUAUUUGUGUUGCUGGAAACAAACCUCCAAUGUUGCAGCAGUUGCAACCACAACAGUUUCAGAAUCAGAAUGUGAUUCCCCAGCAACCUGCAUUGCCUCCAUUGUUAUACAAUAAUGGUUAUAAUAACUCCUUCAACGUCGCUCCAACUUCGAAUGUUGUUAACCAUGCUAACAACUUUCUACCUUUGAAUGUUGUUCACUCUUUUGUUGCUAACAAUUCUCCAACUUUGAAUUUUGCUAACUCUGCUAACAACUUUCCACCUUUGAAUGUUGUUAACCCCGCUGCUGCAGACAAUUUUCCACCUCUGGAUGUUGUUAACCCUGUUACUGCUGAAACUUCUCCACCUUUGAAUGUGGUUAACUCUGCUAGCAAUUUCUUCAACUCUUCGACAUCAUUUGGUGAAUUCCUUCAAAACAUAGGUGGGUGCAAUUUUUCAUUGUUGACAGAUAAUUUGAUAAGCAACGAUGGACUUCUUCAGGACAUGAUCAUGCAAAGGGAGACAAGAGGAGCUUGGGCUGGAGCUGGAACAGGAAGAUGAAGAUGAUGAUUCUUAUGUUUCAUGUUAUUUUAAACAUACUUAGUUAUGGUGUUAAUUAAUGUCAUUUGACCUGUAUAUUAAUUAAUAUCAGGUAGUCAAUAAUUUAAGAUACUGAAACUUAUGUGAUGAUGAUGAUGGUGGUGGUGGAAAACUCUACGAGUCUUCUUUAUAAUUAGAGUUUCCUUUAUUUAAUAACAAUGCCCUAAUUAAUAGAUUA